CUGCCCUCUGUUCAGGCAAUAAAUUGGCUGUAACAGAGCUGCUUCUAGCAUUCUGUUCAGUAGAAGUAUCCCAGCAGAGACAAAAACACACAAAAUAAGGACUCAAAAAGGAACUCAAGUGAGAUCAUUGUCAAAAGUAUUUCUUCAGUGGCUCCACAAUGCUGCUCCGCUCAGGCCGCAGAAAGCCAUAUAAAAUGCCUCUCCGUAGAAAGCAGCCUGUGAAGAAGGAAUUUCCACUUAGAAAUAUGAGAACAGCUUCUGGAAAGUCAGCGUUUAGCCUGAGAAAAACAUUGAAAUGUUAUAUACUAACUGAAGAUUCAAAAACAGUGCAUUUUGAUAUAGAUGAAGAUGGUCAUCAUGAAAUAUCUACCAAGGAUUCACAAUCCCAUGAAGAUAUUGCGUGGUUAAGCGUGUUCACAAGGAAGGAAGCAGCAGUUACUGAUUCUAAAAAUUUGGUGAGCCUCACACAGAGAUCAAAGCUUAAUGAAUUUGUCCUGUUGUGCAAGGGUAAGAAGCAUCUCUCUCUGAAGGUCUUAAAAGCAUCCUGUUCAGAGCCAGAUGGUCCUUUAGUGGAGAGAUGUAAUAUGAAAACUUGCAGCCAUGAAGAUCCUGACUUUAAACAGGUGAGUGAAGAUAAUAGCUUUUUCAUCAUGCAUUACCAAGGAGAUUCAGUGCAGUUCCAAUGCUACGAAGACAGAAGUUACUAUCUAUGUGUGAACGAUGACUCACUUGACAUUCGCAAGGUGGAAAACAAAGAGCCCAAUGAGGACAAAAAUUUCUACUUCAGGGUGUCAUACUUACAGGAAAAGUAACUUGUCUACCUUUCAGUGGCCUAAGUGCCCAUAGAGCUCCUAUGAAGAUGAGGAAGUUCGAGAUCAACUAAUUAUGUUUUGAGCUAAAUUUUUACAUUUUCAUAAUUUCUAAGUCACCUUUAUUUUAAAAAUAAUAAUAAUUUCUAAAACAUCCUUUAUUUCUGCACAUUCAAUAGCAAAAGAGGAAGGCCAAGUUUGAAAAACAUACUAACUGAUCAGUCUCUAAGACUGAUCAGUCUUACCUACCAAUUAUGUUUUUAAGGAAACAAAAUAUUCUGGUGCGGGAAAAUAUAUGGGGGAUGUUUCAAAGAUGGCAACAAUAAGGACCAUAUAUGAAUAUGAUCAUAAAAUGUGCUAUUAGUUCUCCAUGUGGUAAACAUUUUACUUUUUAAAAACUGUUUCUUAUAAGCUCACCUGAAUGUGACAAGGAAACUUUCAGAAGCUGUUAAAUGCAUGUGUGCAUAUUCUGAAUGAGUGACUUGGAGAAAGAGUCAGAAAAGGUGUCUUGACUUUAUCUGAGAAUAAGGGAAGAUGCUGGAAGCUAGAAGAUGUCUCUGCAGCUGUAGCUCCAAGCCGGUCCAUAUAGUCCAUUAUGCAAUUUCAGCAUCUCUGCAGCAUGGCAGCUUUCUAAGGAAAUGUACAGAGAGCAUCAGAUGCACAAUGUGCAGGCAGAGGGAGGGAGACACGUUGAGCUGAUGUGCCAUAACAAAUGCCUGCAAACACAGCAGAAACAUGUUAGACAUGUUGGCUUCCACUUCUGAGUCAUAGAGGGAAAUACAAUCACAUGUUCAAUUACAAAGCAGAACAACAUCAGAAAAACAAUAAUGUUCAAAAUUACUGAAUAAAAUAAACACUAAGUGUUUAUGUGGGAUACAUUCGAGGAGAUAUAAGAGUACUUACCUUUGAGCAACAGGGUCUGUCUGUGCCAAAUGGAAGAUGUUGACACUUGAAUGUCCAUAGCCCAUGCCCUGCAAACCAUAACCUAUUUGAAAUACAUGAGAAAACAACCUGAAAAUUAUCAGGAUCAGUAAGUGUUAAAGACCUGGUACAUUGCUGUACCAGGAAUUCCUCCCUGACUUAGUGGCAAUUUUCUGUGAUGCAAGUAAUUUGAGACUGUAUGUGUAUAAAUGAUAGACAUGAUGCACCUACGCCAAGAGGCUGCUGCUUAGUUGCAACAAAACAGCCUACAAGAUAACACACCUGCAAGAAUAGCUCUGUGUAAGUAUAAUAACCAAUGCACGUCUGAAAUAAGAAUCCUAAGAUCAGUCAAUCACUCCAAUGCACAUUGCCAUAAUGCAAUUUUCUGUUGUAAACUAAACUCCAAAGUUCUGGGAGACCUUAAAAGAUUUCACAGCUUGCUUGUUGUAUUCUUCAAAUAGUGAAAAUCUUUAUGUUGGUUAUAAUGCUCACUGAAGAGAACUUUUAAGUAUUUUCUAAAUAAUACUUACAACCUCUGGACCUGCCAAGAGUUCAAUAAACUGCCAAGAGUUAUGUGAAGAAAAAAACCCCCAAAACUCUAGAUAUUAAUUUCAGCAUUUAUUACACUAGAAUCAAGUCAAGUUAAACUAUUUAAGACGUUGCACAAGAAAUAGAUUCCGUCAUAAUAAGUACAUCAAUUUCACUAUCUGAUACACUAACACUUCAUAGUCAUACAUUUAUUAUUAGUAGUGUAAUCACCUCACUAAAUUACAGAAUGUGCUAGAUGGCAAGCUGAUGAAAAGACGACAAGUCAAGAUAAAGUUUGUACAAAGCAUAUUAAUGAAAUCAUCAUUGCUCAUAUCAUCACAAAAGUAACAUUUACCUCUGUUAAGUUUGAAUCUGUUUUAUAGUUAAAAUUUAAAUUAUGGUUAUAUGUGGAAUUUUGUACUUUAACCAUGUGCCAUCUUAAUUUUUUUUUUAACAAUUCAAGGGAAAAUAAGCCCUUAUGGAAUACAGCAGUGGGAAUUUUGUAAAAUUUUGGAUUUGAUAUCUAAGAUAAGAAUAUCAUUUGACUUCAUUCUCAUAAAACACAGUAAAAUCAAACAACUUCAUAACUCUUAAUGUACAUAGUAAAGCAAGUUUAAAAAUACUCUAACCUAAACCUUGCUGGAGUCUUAUUUUGAUCAUAAAAUCCCUUCAAACUGACAUUUUCCAGUUCUCACUAAUCUAAGUGUCUUGUGAGUGGCAGAUAAGUUUUUAAUAUGUGAGGUGGGGAUCAUAUAGAAAUUUUAUUUUAAAACAGAAAAUGAAAGCCAUUUCAGAAUGGCUUUCAUUUUUAACCUUUUAGACCAAUGUAAUGUAAGUAUUCUUCAUAUAUUACCUAUAGUUUUUGACAGUAUUUGUGACUUCCUACAAUAAAACCUGUGAGAAGAACUACAACAACUGUAAAGCAAGUGACCUUUCUCUGUGUUACAUACACUGCUUUCAUUAUAGGGAAACACAAGAGCUAGAAUUUGGAAUUAGAAAUUGUCAUUUUUGUUG